GCUCAAUAUAUUCCAUUUCUGAAUCAGAGUGAACUAAAGGAAAAAUUUGUAGAAACGUUCAAAGGCGCUGUCCGCAAAUUCGUGUAAUUUCUUACAUUUAUAGUAACGAAGUUUAAUAAAAUCGUAAAACUAGUUGCUUGAUGUAUUUUCCUAAACAUAUUUGGUGAAAUUUGUUAAAUUUUUCCAUAAUAUCGCCUCUAAAAGAGAAUUGAAAAAGUUAAAAAUUGUGCUAACACGGAGAAAAAUGCGAAGAAAUUUUAACGGGAAGAAAAAGGUGUCCAGAGUUGCUCGGUCUACUUCGCAGCAUUGUUGCUGUCGUUAACGACGUCGGUAGCAGAGGUUGUGUCUCUUUCGAUUUUCUCGAGAGUGCAAAGGAUUUUGUGAAAAUAUAAAAUAUUGAAAUUUAUAAAAUUAUUAGACGUUUGGUAAAAUAAUAUAAUCGCUUAGCUGCGUUAAGACCAAAUAAAAAAAUUGUAUUAAAACAUACAGCCAUAAAGGUGUGGAAUCAAAAACUUUCGGUUUAUAUCAAAAAUGAAUUAAAGUCGCCAGCAGCGCCGUUUCAACGUUUCGCUCGGGCGUUUUGACAUUUGAUGACAUUUGCGCAGCAAAAGCGAGCGGUUGAGUAUUUGCUUAAAGUGUGUAGUGGUUGAAGUGAAGCGCCCAACGAGGAAUCGGCAAAAAGGAGAAAAUCAAUCGUUUUCAUUGGCAAACAGAGAUGUACUGUCGUAAUGGUUUCCCUUGUCCUAUUUAGCUGAGAAGUAUACCGAUAUCUUACGCUGUUCCGAUAUUAUAAUGCGUACAAUGUCGGCAAUAAAGUUGUAUUGACAUUGUGAGUAAAGAAUUAGAAAAUCUCCAAAAAGGACACACGGACGGUUCAAGUCUUAUACUACCAAGUAAACGUGUGUCCGAGCAGGUACCGAAUUGGCAAACAAUUCUAUAUAUAACAAACAAAAAACCCUUUACUUAACCAAUACAAUAAUAAUUUAGUAUAAAGCUUCAAUAGAACUGCAUUCAAUGUGCCAUUUCAUCCGGAGUUAAGAUGCUUAAGUAAAGUAUUAUAUACCAAAAAAAAGAGAAGAAAAAGAUACGCAACAGAAGAAUUCCCUCCACUUACUCGCGUCAAACAACAAAACUAUUACAAACGCAGUUAUUUAAAUAAUUGCAUUCGCACCACUUUAAGAUAAUCUCUGUCUCGCUUACCAUACUUAUUCAUAACUAAAGCUUACAGUUUUUGCAUAAAGAAUCAAAGUCGGUUAAAAAUUACUCUCCAGAACUCGAAUUUAUAAGUUUUAUAAAAUUUGAGAACGUUAAAUACAAAAGUCAACGAAUGAUAGUUCAACUAAAGGAAUUGGUGGUGAUUAUUGGAUAGCUAUAUGCUUGCUUGCAAAGCCACGACAUUAACAACAUAAAGCAAGUAAAAGCAGCAGUAGAACAUAAGCAGGACGAAUAACUGGCAAUAAAUACAAGGCAAGAAAAUGUCAUCGGGAACAUUUGUUGAUCGAAUUGAUCCAUUCGCUAAACGCUCACUGAAGAAGAAAAGCAAAAAAAGUCAGGGUUCCUCACGUUAUAGAAAUUCUCAGGAUGUGGAGCUUCAACAAUUGCCGCCGUUAAAAGCUGAUUGCUCGAGUUUGGAACAGGAAGAAUUAUUCAUUCGUAAAUUACGUCAGUGCUGUGUAUCUUUUGAUUUUAUGGAUCCAGUAACGGAUUUAAAAGGGAAAGAAAUAAAGAGAGCUGCUUUAAAUGACCUCUCCAAUUAUAUAACACAUGGCAGGGGAGUACUCACGGAACCUGUGUAUCCAGAAAUUAUACGAAUGAUUUCUUGUAACUUGUUCCGCACACUGCCUCCAAGUGAAAACCCUGAUUUUGAUCCCGAAGAAGAUGAUCCGACAUUAGAAGCUUCAUGGCCACAUUUGCAGUUAGUCUAUGAAGUAUUCCUGCGUUUUUUGGAAUCGCAGGACUUUCAAGCGACCAUAGGCAAACGUGUAAUUGACCAGAAAUUCGUUUUGCAGCUUUUGGAGCUCUUUGAUUCUGAGGAUCCACGUGAACGUGAUUUUUUGAAAACUGUUUUACAUCGCAUCUAUGGAAAAUUCUUAGGAUUACGCGCUUUUAUACGAAAACAAAUUAAUAAUAUUUUUUUGCGUUUUAUUUACGAAACAGAGCAUUUUAAUGGCGUCGGCGAAUUACUAGAAAUAUUGGGCAGUAUCAUUAAUGGUUUUGCCUUGCCUCUGAAGGCCGAACAUAAGCAGUUUCUUGUGAAGGUGCUAUUGCCUCUGCACAAAGUGAAAUGCCUUGGUUUGUAUCACGCUCAACUGGCUUAUUGCAUCGUUCAGUUUCUAGAAAAGGAUCCAUACCUGACUGAACCGGUGGUUCGAGGAUUAUUAAAAUUUUGGCCAAAAACAUGCUCACAAAAAGAGGUCAUGUUUUUGGGCGAAAUCGAGGAAAUUUUAGAUGUCAUUGAUCCUCCACAAUUUGUGAAAAUACAGGAACCAUUGUUCCGUCAGAUCGCCAAAUGUGUAUCAAGUCCGCAUUUUCAAGUUGCCGAGCGUGCGCUUUUCCUAUGGAAUAAUGAAUAUGCAAUGUCGUUGAUCGAGGAGAACAACGCCGUCAUUAUGCCGAUUAUGUUUCCGGCACUGUACAGAAUUAGUAAAGAACAUUGGAAUCAGACCAUCGUUGCAUUGGUUUACAACGUGCUAAAGACAUUUAUGGAAAUGAACUCCAAGCUUUUUGAUGAAUUAACCGCUAGCUAUAAAGCUGAACGACAAAAAGAGAAGAAACGCGAGCGUGAUCGUGAAGAAUUGUGGAAAAAAUUACAUGAACUUGAAAUAAAUCGUGCAAAAAGCGGCAGUGCCGCUGGCACCUCAACGGCUAAUUCGGUGUUAGGAGCUGGUAUUAGUGGCGGCAGUGCCGCCGGCUCACAGCAAAAUAUCAACUCUUAUCAACAACAAUCGAAUGCUAGCAUUGUAAACAGUGGAAGCGGUGGUGGCUCUGGUGACAACAAUCCUGCCUUACUUAGCGGCGGUGCACAAAGCGGCGGAACCUCAGUAAACGCCAGCGGUACGAACGCGUUUGCCAAGGUAAAAGGCGACAAGGCAGAUAACUAAAUUAUGAGGCGAUCACUGAAAUGGAUAUCAAAUAAAACACAAGUAAUGCUAAUCAACUUAAUAAUAUAAUUUAGCGCAGUUCAAACAUGAUUGGAAAUUUUGGUGUUGUAAGUCAAAAAGGAGCUUGGCAUUUUUUGUGCAUCUAUAACUUAGUGUAAGCCACAAAAAAGGAGAAUAUUAUUAAGUAAACUUGAAGUCCCUAUCGAAAAAAUAUAAAGAAAAAAUACAAAAGUAUAACAAAAGCACUACACCAACAUGAUCAAAUGAAAGCGUUUUCACCAUCAUGAUGUCACCGGCAUCAUUACAAUAAGAUGUAGAAGUAGAAGCUAAAUGUUGAUAAUAGACGCAGAUGCCGGGAGUUAAUAAUGUACGCCACAAUGUGGAUGAAAAGCAGUACACUUACAACUGGGAUCGUGGUAUUACAUAAACAAAAGGAAAGCGUAUGAAAAGCAUAAUUAAUAUUAUAUUAUGAAUAUAAAAAUACCUAUUAUUUUACGAUAAAAAAGAAGUACUAAAUAAAAUAAUUAAUACAAGUAUAUGAGGAGGAUGAAAAUGCUAAUAAAAUAGUGAAGAAAUGCUAGAAACUGUAAUCUAACUGUAAAACAGCAAUUCUUUCUCCUAAAUAAUACCAAUUCUAUAGAAUUAACGAAAACACUUCGUCCUGUUCAUUAUAAUUCUACUAUCUGGCUAGUUGGACGAAAAUGCCACUUGAGCGAAUUGCAUUUUAUAUGCUUUUUCACAACCAAUAUUUCGUUCGAACUAAUCCAUUUCUGUAGGUUUCAAAAGUAAAAAUAAAACUUAAAUAUUCUUUAUAUGUAGGAUGAGUAGUAAUAACCAUUGUGUUUCUUUAUGAUUUGUUUAAGAGUAAAUCUUAAUUUCCUCAACGGUUUCUGUGCAAAUUAGUAUAUUGCUUGGAUAUAUUCGUAUGUGUAAACUUAAGUUCUUUAACAAUAAAUUCUAGGGAUAUUUAUUAAGUAAAAAAUGGGAUUAAUUUUUAUUGAAACAUUCAUAACAAUCAACACGCAUUAAUUAAGAAAAAACAAAAAGAAAACAAAUGCGUAUUUAACAGUAUAAAACAAAUUGAACGAAAAAAAUGGUGUAAAAACUCAAUAAAAGUAUUAAAAAACGAUUGUUAUUGCGAAAAUUCAUAAAAACACAUACAAAUUAUGAUCAGUCGUGAUUUUAUGUGACCGAGAUUCCAGUUGCGAACGACUGCUAGAAAACACCGAUUAACAAAAUCCAUGUGCGAAAAAAGCUUACACAGUUGAAAAAUAACAAUAAAGGUAUAUAUUCUAUAUAUACAUACAUAAGCGAAAAAAACAAUGUCUACUUGACAGCUGAUAUUGUUUGUAUGAGUGCAAUAGAUUUGGUAAGGCCUAAUGCAAAACUUAUCUGUAUGUCAAAAUGAAAAUAAUUACAAAAAACAUAAUAUUGCUAUAUUUCUCACAUUCAUGCAUAUUCAUACAUUCGCACCUGCAGCUUUUAAUAGCAGUAAAAUAACAUUUAUAUGUAUAGAACAGACAAACAGAAAGCGUACGUGCCAAGUCAGUCAUAUUUAAUUUGUACGCGCUUGUUUUCAUUUCAUUUCGUACUAAAAUUUAUUAGUUAAUAUAAGAUUUUUCCUUUCUAAUUUUUAAUCUAACAAAAUUUAAUCAUGUUGUAUGUUUACAUGGCAUAUGAUUUAAGUUUAAUUUCAACUGCAAUAAUAAAAUUAGUAAAUAAUAUAUAUAUCUAAAGUUGCUAAAAAUUAUGCAUUUAAAAUAUAUCACUUUUCUUCUAGUUAAAAAAAUAGCAACGAGAUCAGAUUAAGAGUGUUUGGAAUUAUUUGUGCAUUAUGAAUUAUAUGUGAAAAAAUAAUUACACAGUGUAAUUUUUUCUGGUUUCUCGUAUUAAAAAAUAAAUUACAUAACAAUUAUAUACAUACAUAUAUACACAUGUAUAAUAAAAACAUUAUUCAUUUAUUAUAUUUACUCGUUUAAGCUUCACAUUAUAUACAAUUAUUAAUGGUUAAAUGUGUGGGUAUGCACAAAGCGCUCUUUCCACAACACCAUAAGGACGACUAUUGUUUAAAUUUGUUUAUUCGAUAAAUCUGUUACCACAAAUACGGUGAAAUUUCAAGAAACGUAAAUUUGCUGCUCACCAAAACAACUUAUUUUUUCUUAUAUUAUAAUUAGUUCGCACCAAAUCUACAAAAAUAAUAUGUUACAUUUGUGUUAAGACGUGGACUUGUAGCGCCAACUCGGUUGUGAACUUUGGCUGUUUAUGCCUUGUAGCAACAGAAAUAAUAUGAGGAAUUGGUAUGCCAAGAGAUAGUGUGAAUAUUUUGAAUAUGUUUUUUUCUGUUGACCGUAAACUAAAAAUUUGCCAAGUUUAAAUUAAAACAAGUAACUAUUUACUUUAUAUUUAUAUAAAUAGGUUAUUAUCAUAAAUGAUUGCAAAAAUAUAAAUUCGAUAAUUUAUGAUUUGCGAAAAAUUAAUAUUAAAAAUUCAACAUGAGAAUUGAUUACUAUGCAUUAACUACUGAUAAAAUUUUAUUAUUAUAAAAAAUCAAUUGGUAUAAUUUUUGGAAUUUUAUUGUUGCUAAAGCGUUUUCUGAACUAAUAAAAUACAGUAAUUAUAGUAUUUCUUAAUUAAAUAAAUUUGCAUUUUUGGUUUUGUAAAAAUUAAAUUUCUGGCACUAAUAAGUUGCACUAUCAAAACUUUAAUUAUAUACAUAUAAAUAAUAUAUUAAAUUUUUGCAAAUUGUUUUAUAUGGCUCCAUCUUUUUUUUUUUAAUUUUACUCUUUCAUACUUUUUCGUAAUUUCUUAAAGCGAUAGUUGACCGAUAGUUCUUCAAUGGAAUAUUUAUAUAUUUUGAAUAAUAUUCUGUUUUCUGUCAAAAAAAUUCACUUUUUUGCAAACAUAUUCGUAUAUAGAGUCUAUUACUUGUACAUACAUACAUAUUUACAUGAUUUAUACAUUUCUUCACACAAAAUUUAAAUAAUACUAAAGUGGAAAGAAAUUGAAAAAUAUAAAAACAGCAACACAGCUGGCAAGCGUAGUAUAAAUUGACCUACAAUAAUAAAAACUAGAGGUUUAGUGCAAAGAAAACAUUUAAGAAUAAAACAAAGUAAAAUUACCUAGAAAAAAAUGCAUGCGCUGAAAAAUACUAUAUACAUACAUAAAUUAAAAACAAUACGAUUUUGUGACUAUACAAAAAUUUUUAUGAAAGAAAUGAAUAAAUAGGAGAGAAAAAACUCCCUUGUUUACAGCCAAAUUCAUAAAACAAAAAUAUCAAAUGCUUUGUAAAUGAAAAACUAUGAAAAUAACAUUUGUAAAAUAUCCAAAAUUACUAUUUUUGUAUGUAUUUAUUUGGUUAAAUGUUAAAUUAAACCCUUUCAUACUCUAUUAAGUUGUAAGCAUAAUGAGCGACAAUUUCUGAUUAUUCACACAACUGCAAAAACACACGCAUGCAUGCAAAAGAAAAAUUAUGAUUUGCAAGUGAAGCAAACGCUAUCUAAUAAUAUUAAUAAUUUUACUUUAACUCACCCAACCUUGUACAUACUUAUAUUUUAUGCUCAGAAGUUGGUCGCCUUAAUCCGUGUAAAAUAAGUAAUUUAUGUGAGGCUUUUAGAGCUCUAAAGCCUGGUGCACACUUUUGUUGUGUGAAAUGCAAAUAUUUAAGCGUUCCCUUAUUUGCCGAUAUAGAAUAUUCAUAAGAAUUUUUCAUGUAGUAUAUUAAAAUAAAAUUCACACACAUAAAAAAAACAGGAAAACUCUCCUUAGUGUUAAAACAAACUAGUUUUAAGAGAAUCCUUAGUAAACAGCUGAAGCAAAUUUUUGUAAGCAAAAAUAAUGUAACAUUAAGGCAUUUAAAAGAGGAAAUGUUAUAUAUGUUUAUUUGGUAAAAAAAUGCUGAUAAAAUGAGAAAAUUAUACAAAAACUAAAAAAAAAAGAAAAAGCGUAGACAUUUGCUAAACUGUUACAUAAAUAUAUACAUAUACAUACAUAAAUACCAAACCAACUAGUGAAUGUGCAUGAAUUGUUGUGGAGAAGUUGGAAAUGGCAUGAUUGAAAUCCACUUGAAUACAAAUGCAGGUAGUUAUUAGAAAUGCAGUUAUGAAUACAUAAGAAUAAAACGCUUAAUCAUUCGAUAUAAAUAUUAAAAAGAAAAAGGAAAAAAAGAACAAAACAAAGAAUUAUAUAAAGUGAGAUGAUAAAAAAAAAAUAAUUGCAUGCAUACAUCUAAAAUAUAAAUAAGUGAUCAUCCCUGCACUAUUUUCAUUAAACAAAUAACGAAUACAGUUAUGUAUGUACGUCAAACAUUUUCAAAUGCAAAAUCGUAAAAUCGUAAGAGCUAUGUAUGUAUUUUGUAAAGGGUGGGAAUAUGAGCAAAAUAGUUCUAACUAAAUUUAUAUAUGUAUAUACACACAUAUAUAUACAAUAAAUACAUAUAUAAAAUUAUAUAAUUAAAUUAAAAAAAUAAAAUAUUUAAUAUGUCAAGCGUAAAACUGAAAACUACCGUAAAUCACACAAAACAAACUAAGUAAAACAUAACGUAUAGACAUACACACCUGCAUACAUACAUACAUAUAUGAAGUGUAAGCAACAAAUUAAUGAGUUCUGCAUUAAGUCUUUUUGUUAUUAUUAUGUACAUCUUAUAAAUACUAUACACUACUAAUUAAUACAUAUAUUAUAAAACUAGAAGUACAUACACAACUACAUAUAUAAUUAUGAUAAACAUAUGUAUAAAUAACACUUUGUGCAAAAUUUAAAUUGACCAAAAGUGUACGCUAUAAUAUUAAAUUUUAAUUAGGGGAUGUAAAUUUGUAUGUAGAUACUCGUUUUGGGCUUAAAUGUAAAAAACAACAAAAAUAACUUUUAUGAUUUUUAAGCUUCAAAUUUCUUUUGAUUAUAUUGGCAUAAUAAAACAUAAAAAUAAUUAGUUAUUUUUAAAAGUUGUUUAUUAUAAUCAAUUUAAUAGAUGAAAAGUUUAGUUCUUUUUAUGCGGAAUUGUUCGAAAACUCAUUAAGCAGGACCAAGUGUAUACAAUAACAAUAACAACAACAAUAGUAUACAUAAAUGAUAAAAUUGUCUUUCAUGUCCCAUUCUAGAACGGUAACCCACACAUUUUUUGUAGAAAAACAAGGAGUAUUUGUGCUUCUAGACUUAUAUUUUUUAACAAGCAUAAAAAUCAGAUGCAUUUUUAUUAAAUAAAUUUAAGUUUAAUUUAUGAUAAAGGUGCUCAGUAGCUUAAACUGUCUUGCAUUUCUGCUUUAUAUUGUUUUUUCUUUUUUUGUUUUUACAUGUGUACAUAAAUUUUUUUGUUAAAAAUUUGCUAAUACGUUUUAUUUUAAUGUUGAAAAUAUUGGGCAUUUUAAUUUCAACUACUAUUAUGCUGGCCAAAUGCUGCAAAUGUUUGUUCUGUUAGUUAUUUACCUUUUUUGUAUUUUAAAGUGUGCUGCUUUUUUUUAAUAAAUGGUUAAUGUAAAUGUAAGUCAUUUCCUAAGCAGUUUUAUGGAAUGCUGACUAGUUGACAGCUAUUGGCCUGUAAUAAUUCGGGGUCUGCUUCGGUUGAGUCAGCCGACUGCCAGGAAAUCAGUUGAAACAAAUGGUAGUGACAGAUUUUGAUACCGUAUAUAUGUACAUGUGUGUAUGUAUAUGAACAUAUCUUACCACAUCGACCGGUACUACCUCAAACUCAACUAAUUUUGUUUAAAUAAAAUCAGUUAAUCGCGUGAACACUUUUGUUUAGUGAAUACAUACCCUCUUAAAUUCAUACAUAUGUAAAGGAAAAAUUAUGUAUAUAUACAAUGGCGUAUGUUCUUUAAUUACGGGUCUUAGUGCUCUUAAAAGUUAACUUGCGAACAGGUCAAGUCUUAAUUUUUUCAUUGUUCGGUUACACAUUUUUUUUCAAUAUUUGUUGCUAUAUGAGAGAAAAAGAUAAAAUGUUAAAAAAUAUAUAUAAUUGCUCUCGUGAUUUAUUUUAACUUUUUAGCGAAUUACACUUGUUGAAAGCAUACUAGAAAGGUUUUUAGUGAAAUUUAUUCAAUAUUUUCAGGUUCUUAUGGGGUUUCGAACUUAUCCGAAUGUCUAUAGCAAAAGAAUUUACCGUUAAAAAAUGCAUAGUUCUUAUUAAUUGGUUAGUGUUAGCAAUAUUUGUAAAUCUUAUGUUUUAUUAUGCUUAUAUUUUUGAAAAAUGUUGGGACUUGAAGUCAGAUCAAAUUAGACUCAACACAAUCACAUAUUUCAACUUCAUGCUCAUGACAAAUACACCUUCAACCAUGUGACACCUGGUCUCUCAGUUCUAACAAAACGAGCGUUAAAUAACGGAUCCUCGUAGCGCUUUAGUCCUGUAUUUCUACCGCAGAUUAGCCUUAGCCAUUGGGUGAUGAACGCCACUCAAUGCCUUAGACCAAAUAAGUGAAUGUUAAUAUUGAAUUUUUUACUUCAAAUAUUUAAUUUUUAUCUCACAUGUACUAAAUGCGGGUAUGAAAAGUUCUUACAAUUAAAAAGAAAAAACUUACUAUUUUCUAAAAAUGUUCGAUUUCCCGUCUUAUCCAUUGAUUUUGCUAUCAAAUUCUCUGGCACACACAGACACAUUGAUCCUUUCUCAUUUACACGUUCAUAGUGUAGAAAGUUGUCUAAAUGCAUCAUCGAUCAUCCUCGAUGGUUAAUUAAAUAUGUAGAUGUUGACAUAAAAAUUCAUGAAUAAGUGGUUCAAUGCGGAAAAGUUGGACUCAGCCUUUCCCUUGAACCUUAAUUAAGAAGAAUAGGAUGAAAAAAUAUAUACUUAUAUAUUUAGAAUUUUCUGUUGUACAUGUUUGUAUGUAGUUGUAUGUAGUUUUAUAUGUAAAUGUGUUUUUACUAAAACAAAUGAAAAAUAAAAAAAAACGUAUAAAAACAUAGACCAAUUUUGUUUUGCUAUGAGUUUGAAAUAAUAAUAUACAUAGAAACAGUAAAUUUAAUUAAGAACAAAAAAAUAUAUAUAUAAACGAACGAAAAAAAUAAAAAUAUAUAAUAAAGUUGAUGUAGCAAAGACGAAAAUUGCAAAAUGAGAACAAAACCAAUAUAACAAUACAGAGCAAGAGUCUAAUUUAAAGUAUAUUCGUAUGUUACGUUAAACUAAGAAUUAAAAAAAAAUUACGCAAACAAUUAUAACAAAUAAUAAUUGAUAUACUAGGAAGAAUGCAAAAAAUAUUAUAUAGUAUGAGAAUAUAUAUACAUAUGUAUAUUAACACAAUUAUCCGAUUAGUACUAAAAGAAAUAUAAAAAAUCGGAAAAUCAGGAAAAAAGAUAUAUAUUCGUGUAAAGAAGAUCAAACAUGAAAGCAUUGUAAACAACUGGUCUAUCAGGCCCACUAACAACAAACGAGUAAAAAGUAUCGAAGAUAAAUACCCUGUGCACAGGAGCAAGAGGGAAUCCCAGCUAUGGAUGAUUGAAAAUGUUUUUGCUGAAAGCGAAACCUAUCACAUAAGAGAAAAUCAAUCAACAAUAAAUAUAAAAUUAUUAAAAAAAAUAUAACACAA